AUGGAGAACAUAUCGAUUCACGAUCCUCCACCUCAACCAGGCGGCUCGUCGCUGGGUCGCGCAGCAGCAGCAGCAGCAGCAUCAACUGCUGCUGCUGCCGCCGCCCCCCAACCGCAACAGCUUCCUCCACAGAUGUUCACCACUGCUGCGCAGCUACUAGACCUCACCGAUAAAAAGCUUUUGGUGUGUCUACGAGAUGGUCGGAAACUCAAUGGCGUCCUACGAAGCUGGGACCAGUUUGCAAACUUGGUUCUCCAGUCCACAGUCGAACGCAUAUACGCCACCACAUCCGACCCCUCAGACCCGCAACCAAAAGGUAUAUACGCCGAGCAAACCCACGGCAUCUUCCUCGUCCGCGGCGAGAACGUGCUCCUCCUCGGCGAGAUCGACCUCGAUAAAGACGACGACCCGCCCCCCGGCUUCGAGAAGGCCGAGUUUGCUGCAGUAGAGAAGUUGGCGAAAGAGCGGAGAGCGGCAGAAAAGACGAAAGAGAAGAAGAAGAUACAGAAGCUGGCUACGCUGGGAUUCGAGGGCGAGAACCUUGGAGAGAUUAUACUCUAG